GCACACCGGUGGUGGUGGAGGGGAUCCCCAUUACCCGUGAAGCGCUUUGAGUGGAGACUCCAGCAGAGGGCUAUAGAAGUGUUGAAAAGUAUUUACCCUUGCGGUGCGGAACCCCUACUGCACAGACGCGCAUUGCACGUCGGAAUUGUUUCCCCCGCGGACACUAAGAAACAUUGGUUUCAGUGGUUUAGGAUGAAUCCUAUUGAUUGUAUAUGGUUACUUCUGUCUCUCUGUUUUUUCUUUGCUUUUUGUAUUCACGUUUGUGCUCACUCGUCUGAUAAAUACGGUGGCUCCUGGGUUUAUGUUUUAUUCCAGGAUUUUAUUCGGUACGGAAAAACCAAGACCACCCUACAGCGGUCAGACCUACUGCGAUACUUUGAUGUUCCUAAAAGAUGGUUUUUCCAUUUUUACGCUGUGUCUGUGAUUUGGAAUUCCUUAUUACUCACUAUUUGCUUACAAAAGACCCUGCUGGGUAAGCAGUUUCCAGGCUGGUUAGAGAGCACCCUGAGUUUCCUCAAUGGAGGUACAGCCACACCUGGGACAGGUGAGCAGUUCUCUCUCCUCCUGGUGCAGGUGCUCUUGUGUGCUCACUCCCUCCGAAGGCUCCUGGAGUGUUUGUUUGUCAGUGUGUUCUCCAAUGGAGUCAUACACUUAGCGCAGUAUGGAUUUGGGCUUGGUUACUACAUUUUACUUGGAUUAACAGUGCUUUGUACCAACAUUCACACUGAACACGAAGGUAGUUUUAAAGGUGGAGUGCUGGCACAGGUGCGGUGGAACCACUUUGCGGGGGUGGGCUUGUUUGUCUGGGCCUCUGUGCACCAGCACAGGUGUCACGUGAUCCUCGCUAACCUGAGGAAGGGUCGCUCAGGGGAGGUGCUCACGCUGGCUCACUGCGUCCCUCACGGCGACUGGUUCCGGCUCGUCUCCUGCCCACACUACUUCGCUGAGCUGCUCAUCUACGUCUCCUACUGCGUGGCCCUCGGCGGCGGCGCCCCCACCUGGUGGCUGGUGGUCCUGUACGUGUUCUGCUGCCAGGCGCUGGAGGCUGUGCUGUGCCACCAGUUCUAUCUGGCCAAGUUUGACUCCUAUCCAAAACACCGCAAAGCCUUCAUUCCUUUGGUCUUAUAGAUUUCAGCUGCAGUGUAUGAAAGUACCGCUUGGAAAGAAUGUAAUUCCGCUUGUGCAAAAUUGUAAAUAAAUCUUGUAUAACAUAACAUAA